AUGAAUGCGAAGAGUGAUCAAAGAAAACGGCCUGUGGUCAACCUACUCAAACAGUACCCAGUGGACGAUCCGUCGAGGAGCAGCAAACAUGGGGAGGUCACGGAGGAAGUUGACCGAACUAUAGGGCGACGAGUAUGGAGGAUUUACGGGCUGAUUUCAGCAAACAACUUUGUUUGCUUUCCCAGCAUCAAAAAUAAAUAUGAAAGCUUAGGGAUUAAAGCAAAUUAUGUAUAUGUACAGUUUAAGCCCAUGGCAAAUAGGUUUUUCGUGCUACACUUCGACUUGAUGACAUGCAAAAAGCUGCCCAUACGGAUCACUGUAACAAAUCUUGUGAAAAAACCUAAAGACCUUCCCCGAUGCCUACGCCUGCAAGAAGCCUCUGAAACCGGACCAGAAGAACUUCUGCCCUGGGUAUACGUACCCAUCGGCUGUCGCUCGCCGGAAUGCAAUCAAAUAAGCUGUAGUACCACAGAUCGCAGCACGCCGGAGCCUCUUGAGGGUAUUUCACACAGGCAUACGUUUAUCGCUCCGUCAGAAAAUGACCUUGCACUAAUCUGCGUAAGCAUAGAAUUCUUCCCUGAGCUAAGAAUAGCUCAGGCAUGCAGUUAA